CUUUCUCUCUCUUCACUUGUUUCUUCUUGCCCCUGGUUUCACAGUAACUUUUAAUCCAGGAAGGCGAGACGGACUGGGGCUGAGUUUACUCUUUCUGCUGUUAGUUGGUAAUCCUCCUGGUAGUCAGCUGGUGGGUUAGUUAGUGGGUCAGGUGAGUGAGCAGAGCGAGUUCAGGGAGGUCAGUCAUGCUGAAGCCGAGCUGGAGACGAUCAGGAGGAUUAAAUGAAGUAAAAGCAGAACGACAUGACUGUAGGAACCCCGCCUGGUGCUGAGAUGAGCUGCUGAGACGAUCCAGAACCACAACUGAGACAGAGAGGCUCAGGAUGUUCACCUCAGUGGUUCAGUCCACCUCCGUACCUGCAGAGGAGCCAGUGACCCCGCCACCGUUAACCUCGCCUCCUCGCAAAACAUCGGUCCGCCUCCAGGAGAGGCGGGGUUCGAAUCUGUCGCUGCUACUGGACGUAAGCACUUUGGGGGCGGAGACUGUUUGUUCUGUCUCCACCCCUAAGGAGGUGUGGCUCCAGCUGUUACACACCUCCUCCCGACCGCUCACGCACGCUCAGCUACAGGAAGCUGCGAGGGACACAAACACGCUGAACGCAGAGUAUCAGAAAAUCCCUCCGAACUUCGUGAACGCUGCAGAACUGGAUGUUCCAGGACACACCAUGAAAGACCGAUAUAAAACCAUCCUCCCCAACCCAGAGAGCCGAGUGAUCCUGCAGAGCCCAGAAGAAGAACCUGGACCAGACCGCUACAUCAACGCCAACUACAUCAGG